AUGCAACCUCUCCCGUUAUUCCCAGUCAUGGCUGGGUACAGUGUCGGGUACCUGGCUAGAUACUUGGACGUCUGGACGCAUUACCUUAUUGCCUUCAUAGUAUCUGCAAUCGUUGCUCAACUCGAAAGUUUGACAUUCUGCUUCGUCAAAAAGCAUCAAACGAUAGCAAGCAUCACGAAACAACAUGUUGUUCCGGAGAAAGUUCACAACUUCUUGGCAGUCUGUCUUCCUUUUGCCCCACUUACUUUCUUUUUAUCAUUUUGUGAGGCGGGAAUGAAAAGGGAACAGCAAAUUGAAUACAUUAGCAAGAACUACCCACAGUAUCUUCCUGGAUUCUCAACGCUUCCAAAUUUUGCAAUCUAUGAACUCAACUACUGGUUUUUAUUCGUAAUCUUUAUGGCGUUCAGUGGCGGGAUAGUAUGUGCUCUGGUUUUCACUUUAUCCACAAUCGACAUGUUUCAAAUGUUGCGAAAAGUGAGAAGGAGAAUUUCGUUGUGUAACUUUCGAAGACAUCGGUCAACUGUGAAAAUUUUACUAGCUCAGUUCGCUGCCUCCUCGUUGUUGUUGAUUCCAUUAUUUUGCUUUGUCAUUGUCAUCAUGCUGGAUAUUGAACAUGCACAGAUAAUCAUCCAAAUAACACUCGCCGUAUUUUCUCUCCGUUCAUCUGUCAAUGCAGUUGUUCUUAUCUUCACAACGCCUCCUUACAGGAAUUUUGUUCUGCGAAAACGCCAAAAUCAAAGUUUUGUGACAACGGCAAAGACUAUUUCAAUGGCGCGGAGUUCAUUCAUUCAAUAA